AUGUCUGAGUCAUCUGUUAGUACUUUCAAGUCGUUGGGACUGCCAAGAUGGUUAGUUGAUGCCUUAUCGGCGAUGAGAAUUACACAACCUACUUCUAUUCAGAAAGGAUGCAUACCGGCCAUCAUGAAAGGUGGUGAUUGCAUAGGUGGAGCCAAGACCGGUUCUGGUAAGACUAUUGCAUUUGCGGCACCUAUGCUGACUAAAUGGUCCGAAGAUCCUAGCGGGAUGUUUGGUGUUGUUCUUACACCGACAAGAGAACUGGCAAUGCAAAUCGCGGAGCAGUUUACUGCCCUUGGAAGCAGUAUGAACAUCAGAGUUUCUAUAGUGGUCGGUGGUGAAAGUAUUGUCAAACAGGCACUGGAGUUGCAAAGAAAACCACACUUUAUCAUUGCGACCCCGGGCAGACUGGCACAUCAUAUCCUAAACAGUGGAGAAGAUACAGUGGGUGGCUUGAUGCGAGCCAAAUUUCUCGUUUUAGAUGAAGCAGAUAGUUUACUGACAAGUACAUUUGCCAAGGAUCUCAAUGUAUGCGUGAGCGCCCUACCGCCAAAGGACAAAAGGCAGACACUACUUUUCACCGCUACCAUCACUGAUCAAGUGAGAGCAUUGCAAGACGCACCAAGUCAAGAAAACAAGCCACCGCUAUAUUGUUACGAAGUGGAAAAUGUGGACAACGUUGCUGUGCCGUCCACUUUGAAGACAGAGUACAUUUUAAUCCCAGAAUAUGUCAAGGAAGCAUACCUUUAUCAUUUAUUGACAUCCGAAGAGUAUAAAGAUUCCAGUGCAAUAAUCUUUGUUAAUAGAACUAUGACCGCCGAGAUAAUGAGAAGAACACUUAAAAAUUUGGACAUAAGAGUAGCCUCUCUACACUCUCAGAUGCCUCAGCAGGAAAGAACAAACUCUUUGCAGCGAUUCCGUGCCAACGCCGCUAGAGUUCUGAUAGCCACCGAUGUUGCCUCUAGAGGUCUUGAUAUCCCCGUAGUUGAACUAGUUGUCAACUACGAUAUCCCAUCAGAUCCCGACGUUUACAUUCACAGAUCAGGUCGUACUGCUCGUGCUGGAAGACGAGGUGAUGCCAUUUCCUUCAUCACACAGCGUGAUAUCUCCAGAAUCGAGGCAAUUGAGACACGUAUCAAUAAGAAGAUGGAAGAGUGUACAUUGGUAGGAGAUACAGCGGUGAUAAGAAAAUCGUUAAACAAAGUGACGAAGGCCAAAAGAGAGUCUCUAAUGGCUAUGGAAAAGGAGAACUUUGGUGAAAGAAGGAAAAUUCAGAGACAAAAGAACAUGAACCAGAAGGGACACAGGGCAUAG